AUGGCUGAUGAUGUCAUUAACGAGUUAGAGAAGAUGAAGUUGACGACGGAGGAAGAGGAAGUGAUAACAAUAUUGGAUGAAGACCGGAGGGACGAGAUUGAAAGUUGCGCACUGAGUCUGCGAGGCAAGUUUCUCACAUGUAAACCGUUUAACAAACGGGCUGCUCAGACUACGUUGAGGCGAGCAUGGGGUUUAGAGGAGUCGGUGCAGAUUGUGGAAGUAGGCUCCAACCUCUUCCAGUUUAAGUUUGAUAAGGAAUUUGAUAUGGACCGAGUCUUCAAAGAAGGACCUUGGUCCUUUGAUAACCAAGCACUCAUGUUACGACGGUGGACGCCCGGUAUGACUGCGGCAAAUGUCAAAUUUGAUUCAGUUGCUCUCUGGGUUCAGAUUUGGGGGGCGCCGUUCGACAUGUUCUCUCCUAAGGUUGCAGCUGAAAUUGGGAGUCGUUUGGGGGAGGUGGUGGAGGUUGAGAAGUGA